AGAUAGGGCAUAUGAGUGUUUCUUUCUCUCUCUCACUCAUGUCACUCAUUUCCAUUAAAUUUGGUAGUCCACAAACACAAAGUGUUUUAACCUAGAGUGUUAUAGUAGUCUUUCUUCUUGCAGACAAGUGUGUGAGUGAGAGAGAGAGAGAAAGAAUGGGAAGAGGAAGAGUAGAGCUAAAGAGAAUAGAGAACAAAAUAAACCGGCAAGUGACUUUUGCUAAGAGAAGAAAUGGACUUCUUAAGAAAGCUUAUGAGCUAUCUGUACUAUGUGAUGCUGAAGUUGCUCUCAUCAUCUUCUCUUGCCGUGGAAAACUCUAUGAGUUCUGCAGCGCUUCCAGCAUGAUGACAACACUUGAAAAGUAUCAACAAUGCAGUUACGCGUCUUUGGACCUGAUGCAAUCAGUUAGUGAUACUCAGAAUAACUACAAUGAGUAUGUGAGGCUAAAAGCUAGAGUUGAGCUCCUUCAACGAUCUCAGAGAAAUCUUCUUGGAGAGGAUUUGGGCACACUAAACUCGAAAGAACUUGAGCAGCUUGAGCAUCAAUUGGAUGCGUCGUUGAAGAAAAUCAGAUCAAAGAAGACUGAAUCCAUGCUGGAUCAGUUGGCAGACCUUCAGCAAAAGGAGCAAAUGCUGGCAGAAGCAAAUAAACAACUUAGAAACAAGCUGGAGGAAAGUGCAGCUCGAAUUCCACCUGGAUUGUCAUGGGGGAAUAAUGGAGGACAAACAACGGAAUACAGUCGACUCCCUCCACAAACUGAACCAUUCUUUCAACCUCUCGGAUUGAAUUCUUCAUCUCCUCAAUUUGGAUACAGUACUCCCAAUAUGGGUGCAAAUCAUGAGGUUAAUGUAGCAGCAACUGCUCACAAUAUUAAUGGAUUCAUUCCGGGGUGGAUGCUGUAAGCCUGUAAUGGAUUAAUAAAAUUUGUUAUCCCUUUUUCUUUUUGUAUGAACUAAAAUAAUGCGAAGAUGAUGUUAAUUUCUGUAUUCUCGUUUUUGCGGUGGCCACUAAUCUGUAUUUAGCAACUUGUAAUUAUUCUUGAAGCAGUGAGGAGAAUAAUUCACUCAACUUGUUAUAAAAAUAACAACUGCUGGCCCCAUCUGAACUAUGCAAAAACAUCUAAAUUCCAUUAACGGAAUUUUUGAACUA